AUGUUGUUUAAUAAAUCACAAAGUACAGGAUAAUUUCGUUUACAACUGGCAUCAACUACUAGUAGAUCAAAUUUCAAUACUAAAAUACUAAGUCCAAAAUUCACUCAAAGUUUCAGACCUAAAGAAAACAUUGAACUAAUUGAAAGUAAAAACAUAUAAUAUUUUUAGUAAAGAAUAAUUUUCCAUAAAGAGACUUGUUUUUCGAGCUUUAGAGACUUUGGGAUGAAAAUUAGAUUCCUGAGAUUCAUUAGAAAUAUUACUACUUUAUUUUAACAUCGAAUAUUGCAUCUUAAGAAUAUUUGAUGAGAUAAGAAAUUGAAAGUUAUAAACUAAAUGGAAGUAUUAUCAAGACUUUAAAUCAAUUAACUAUCAGUAGAGAAAUAUGUUUAAAAGAGGCAUUAGCUAUUGAAUAGAGUGAGAAUAUUAUAGAAUUUGUUUGCCUUAUUUCAAAUUACAUAUAUGAUUUAAGAAAAAUUACCUUAAAUCUGAUAGAGUAUUAGAGAAAAUGGGUGAAUAAAUUAUAUAUUUAAUAUGCCUACAAUUACUAAUGGAUAUAUUAAGGAGAGAACUACAUUAUGAAAAUUAAAAACGAUCAUAAAUUGCUUUUUUAGAGACAUCCUGUAUUAAUGAAAUUUUUUCAUAUUAGUGAAAGUGUGGAUGAUAUUUUUUAUUUGGGAAUAAUUAACUAAGCUUAUGAGAGGGAUUUAGAAUAUUUUGAUUAUUUAACUAAACACAAACUUGAUUAAAAAUACUUAAAAAGAAUCAAAGAAUUAUAGACUUAUGCAACAGUAUAAUUUACAUGCAAAUAAUCAGAAAAUAAAAUUAAAACUUUAUUGUAAACCAAAACGAAUUUUCUAAGUACAAAAGAAUUAUAAAGUGGUUAACCUACAUCUAGAAAAGGUAGUAUAACUAAAUUACAAAUUGAAUUACCUCCUCUACCUGAAUAUAGAAGUUAAGUAAUCUAUAAAUCAGAUGAUAUUUAAUUUAUAAUUAAAGAUUGGCCAAUCAAAGACAUCCCAUAAAUUUUGAGUUUUUGGCUUUCUACUAAUUUUGAAGAUUUUCAUAAAAGUUUCUUAUAACCUUCUACAUAUAUUUAAGAAACCCUAAGUUAUGGUUAAGAAGCAAUGAUGUUAUAAAUAUCUGAUUUAGGAAUAAUGUUAGCUAGUGUUGAAUAGGAUUGUAAUAUUAGAAAAUGGGUUAUUCAUUUGAUUGUUUGUAAAGAAUAAAUAUUUGACAAAAUUAUACAACAUUUCAUUAAAAUGUUGAUAAAUAAUGGGGAUUCAUUUGAAUAAUUAGGUAUAAAUUUAACUUUAUUGGAAUGUUUUGAAUAUAAUCUUAAAAUACUCAAUUUUUAUUUUUGUAAAAUAAUAACUAUUGAAAAUCUUAAGGUUAAUUACACUUAGUAUGUAAUAGAUAUUAAAAGAACAGAAUAAGAAUAGUAAAGUAUGUCAAUUAUUUAUGAUCCUAUAUGUUUUAUAUAUGCAAGAAUAUUAUCAAGGAUCAAAAAAUUAGUAUUAAAUAGUGAUGAAGAAACAAUGGAAGCAUAAUUUUGUGCUAAUCUAGGAAAGUCUAAUUUAAUUAUUUUUGAUGAAAAAAUAGAAGGAAUUUCAAAAUGUUUAAUUGUAAGAAUUAAUAUAUAAACUAUAAUUAUAGAAAUAGAAAAUAUAUGGAUCAUCAUUUUAACAUAUAUAAAAUGUUAAAGAUGUUAUUAAAGUUUGUCCUAGAUUUAAAUCUCCAAUUAGAACUCCAGUAUAUUUAUAGUAUUUUAAUAUGAAUUUACAAUUUAUGGUAUUUUCAUCAGAGAUACACAAAUAAACACAUUAACCUUAUAUACGUUUUUCAUCAGUAUAUUUAUCUUAUUAAAAAGAGAUCCAAAGCUAGUUUAGAUGAAGCAUCAUUAUUGUAAUUGUCUAGUAAUGAAGGAAAUAAUUUAAGAAAAUUAUAUUUAAUAUCCACAACAGAUCCAUUUGUUAAAAUGUAAAUUAUGAAUAAUAAUAAAUAUUAGAUAUGUUUUUGAAUUAAAAAAUGAUGAAGUUACAUUAAAUAUACCAAAUGUUGUGAAUGAUCUAUUUGAGAAAUAUGAUUAAAAGAGUUUAUCAUAAUACAAUAUAUGGCUUCCUUUUUUUAGUAGUUUAGGUAAUAGAUAGAAUUUAACAAAUUCUAAAUUAUAUUCUUAUUUUACAAGUGAAACAUAUUUUGAAAUCAAUUUUCCUAGAAUUGGGAUGAAUAGUGUUAAUUAUAGUUUUGAAGGAGAAAAAUUAAUCAAUUUCCCAUUUAUAAUAGGAAUAGUUUAAUCAGAUUUGGAUUAAAUUAAUAAACCAAUAUUUUCAAUGUUAGUACAACAAGAGGAUAUUAUAAAACAAUGUGAACCUAUUUAAAUAGCAAAAAAAAUGUAGAGAGAUUAUGAAAUAUUAGUGAUGUAAAUAAAUCCAAAAGAUAUUGAAUUAAGAGUUAAAGAAAUAGUUAGAUUUUCAUGUUAAAUCACACAUGAUUCUUUUGAGAAAGAUUCACAAAAAUUAAUUGAUAUUAUGUAUUAUUAGUAAGAAGCAUGUGUAUUACAAUUUUUUGUAGAGAAUUUAGUUUAAGGCUAUAGUAUAUUGUAUGUAGAUUAAAAUAAGAUUCAUGAAAGAAUAUGGAUUAUAGAAAUAGUAUCAUGUAAAUCUGAAUGUUUUUUUGAUAUCUUUUUAACUCAAAUAGUUGAUUUGAUUUUUGUAUAAGAUUCAUCUGCUUCAGAAAUACUAAUAGCAUAAGUUAGAUAUUAAUUUAUAUAUAUAAUAGAACCAUUAUGCAUAGAAUAAUGGACAGAUUAUGGCUAAUAAAUAUAUCUCGGAAGCUAUAAAGAAAGUUGGAUUUAAAUGGAGAAUAGUAGAGAAUGAUUAUAAAACAUAAUUAAGGAGAACUAUAUUUACAAUAAAACGAUCUAAUUGUUAGUAAAUUAUUAUUUAAAUCAAAUAAAUAGUUAACCUAAAGUAGAGCAUAAUAUUUCUAUUAAAUUUAAUUCAUAUUAUUCACUCUAAUAAUCUGAUGCUAGAAAUGAAGAAACCAAUACUCUAAAUUAUCUAAAAACUAAAAGUCUAUUUUAGUUUGCUGAAGAUUGUUUUCAUUAUAAUCUCCAUAAACCAUAUGAAUAAAAUCAAUACAUUAUUGAUAAAAUAAAAAAUAAUUUAGCUUCCUUGCCCAUGACUUAAUUCACAGAAUUUAAAAAUGAAUCAGAAGUAUACAAACAUUUUGAAAAAUUAACAUCUUUUCCCUCUAUUGAUUCUAAACAUACUUAAAUUAUGACUCAAUAUACUAACAUUUAAUUAAAAUGGUUAAGAUCAAGAGAAAUCAUAAUAGAAGGUUCAAAAUAUAUUGAAGUACCUAAUGAAUAGAAUUUUAUUUAUGUUUCCACUUUUCCUAAAAUGAAUCGUAGAAUUUACUAUGUUAAAUUAUUCAAUCCAGGAUAUUACUUUUUUGCAAUGGAAGUAGCUUAUAAUUAAAUUGAUGCCAUUCGAAAUGACUAUAUCAGAUUUACUGAUAGAAUUAAUUAAGUAAUCUAAACUCUUUAUAUAUAGGAAUUCUAUAAUAAAUAACCAUAAACCUCAUCUGAUCUCUUCAUACCUUAAUUCUAAACAUGUCUAACAAUAAGUGAACCAGCCCCCAAUUGGUCAUUUAUUAAUUUCUCUUUGAUCUACAAUCAUACAAUCACUUAAACUAUUAUUAAAGACUUAGGUAAUAGAACUAUACGAAUGUAAAUGCCUAUCUUAGCAGGGAUCAUCUAAGAAGACAUAAGCUUGAGAUAUGAAAAACCUAUAGUAGCAUUUGUUGCAUCUGAAUAUAUUGAUUGA